AUGAAAGUUAUCUCGGCUCUGUUGCUCGUCGCGGUGUGUUGGAGCCAGGAGUGGAAGUCGGCGCUCUCCGAUUCAAUCAUCCACAUCGGUGCCAUCUUCGACGAGACCGCGCGGAAAGAUGAUGAGGUCUUCCGUCUCGCCGUGGCAGAUCUCAAUUUGAACAACGAGAUCUUGCAGACGGAGAAGAUCACCAUCUCGGUGGAGUUCAUCGAUGGGAACAACCCCUUCCAAGCUGUGCAAGAAGCCUGUGAGCUGAUGAACCGCGGUAUCCUGGCUCUGGUCACUUCCAUUGGCUGCAUGUCUGCGAGCACCCUUCAGACUCUGGCCAAUGCCAUGCACAUCCCCCACCUCCUCAUCCAGCGCUCCCCGGCGGGAUCCCCUCGCUCCGUCUGCCCACAAACCAGUCUCCUCCCUGGAACAGAUGACUACACCCUAAUGGUCCGCCCACCCGUCUAUCUCAACGAGAUCCUCAUGCAAGUGGUGUCUGAGUACAGCUGGCAGAAGUUCAUCCUCUUCUAUGAUUCUGAUUUUGAUAUCCGUGGUCUUGAGGAUUUCUUCGACCGGACCUCUCAGCAAGGAAUGGACGUCUCGCUUCAGAAGGUGGAGUCUAAUAUCAACAUGAUGAUCACGAGUCUGUUCAGAACCAUGCGCGUGGAGGAGCUGCAUCGCUACCGGGAUACGCUGCGCAGAGCCGUGCUGUUCAUGAGCCCAGCGACUGCCAAGGCUUUUAUCACUGAGGUGGUGGAGACCAACCUGGUGGCCUUCGAUUGUCACUGGAUCCUGAUUAAUGAGGAGAUCACAGACUACGACUUGCAGGAGUUAGUGAUGAAGUCGAUCGGUCGGUUGACGGUGGUGCGCCAGACGUUCCCCAUGCCCCAGAAUGCAACUCAGCGCUGUGUCAAGCACAACCACAGGAUUAACACUUCCCUGUGUGACCUUAAAAACGCCAGGGCUCAGCAGCUGGAGAUCAGCAACCGCUACAUUUAUGAUAGCGUGCUGCUGCUGGCCAACACCUUCCACAGAAAGCUGGAGGAUAGGAAGUGGCACAGCAUGGCCAGUCUGAGCUGCAUCAGGAAGAACUCCAAACCGUGGCAGGGAGGCAAGAGCAUGCUGGAUACUAUUAAAAAGUUCGGAGUGAGCGGCCUCACCAGCUUCCUGGAGUUCACGAACAACGGCACGAACCCCAACAUCUUCUUCGAAAUCCUGGGAACCAAUUACGGAGAGGACAGGGGCCGCGGAGUCAGUCGGCUAGCAACGUGGGACCCAGUCCACGGCUUGAACGGCACGCUAACAGACAGGAAAUUGGAAAACAACAUGAGAGGAGUGGUGCUACGAGUCGUGACUGUUCUGGAGGAGCCGUUUGUAAUGGUGUCAGAGAAUGUUCUGGGAAAGCCGAAAAAGUACCAGGGCUUCUCCAUCGACGUCCUGGACGCGCUCUCCAGCUACCUGGGCUUUAAAUACGAGAUCUACGUCACUCCCGACCACAAAUACGGCAGCUUGCAGCCCGACAGUCACUGGAACGGACUGAUGGGCGAAUUGGUCUUUAAGCGAGCCGAUGUGGGGCUUUCCGCCCUGACCAUCACGUCUGAGCGCGAGAGCGUCGUGGACUUCACCACACGCUACAUGGAUUAUUCUGUGGGCGUUCUGCUGCGCAAGGCCGAGCGCACCGUGGACAUAUUCACCUGCCUGGCGCCCUUCGACCUGUCGCUGUGGGCGUGCAUCGCGGGCACCGUGCUCCUCGUCGGCAUCCUGGUGUACUUGCUCAACUGGCUCAACCCGCCCCGGCUCCCCAUGGGCUCGGUGUCCUCGACCACGCUGUAUAAUUCCAUGUGGUUCGUGUACGGCUCCUUUGUGCAACAAGGUGGAGAGGUACCCUACACCACUCUAGCCACAAGGAUGAUGAUGGGCGUGUGGUGGAUGUUUGCUCUUAUUGUCAUCUCCUCAUAUACCGCCAACCUGGCCGCCUUCCUCACCAUCUCCCGCAUAGAGAACUCCAUACAGUCACUCCAGGACUUAUCCAAGCAGACGGAUCUGCCUUACGGUACAGUGCUGGACUCUGCAGUGUACGACCAGGUGCGCUCCAAAUCUAUGAACCCCUUCGAGAGAGAUCCCAUGUACUCCCAGAUGUGGCGGAUGAUUAACCGCACCGGAGGAGGAGAUACAAAUGUUGAGGAGUCCAAAGAAGGCAUCCGCAAGGUGAAGUACGGUCGAUUUGGCUUUGUGUGGGACGCAGCAGUGCUGGAGUACGUUUCCAACAAUGAUGAGGACUGCUCGAUCUACACCGUCAGCAGCAACGCACCAGACCGUGGAUACGGCAUCGCCAUGCAGCACGGCAGCCCCUACAGGGACAUCUUCUCCCAGAGAAUCCUGGAGCUCCAGCAGAACGGUGACAUGGACAUCCUGAAACUCAAGUGGUGGCCCAAGGACAGCCCCUGCGACCUCUACAGCUCGGUCCAGACACGGCAGCGUGGCAACGCCCUGGACAUCCACAGCUUCGCUGGCGUUUUCUGCGUGCUGGCAGCCGGCGUAGUGCUCUCCUGCCUCAUUGCUAUGGUGGAGAGCUGGUGGUCACGGAGGAAGGGAUCCAGGGUCCCCUCCAAGGAGGACGAUAAGGAGAUCGACCUGGAACACCUACACCGCCGGGUUAACAGCUUGUGCACCGAGGAUGAGAGCCCCCACAAGCAGUUCUCCACCUCUUCCGUCGAUUUAACACCCCUUGACAUGGAUGCGCUGCCAGCCGCGCGCCAGGCACUCGAGCAGAUCAGCGAUUUCCGCAACACCCACAUAACCACCACCACCUUCAUCCCCGAGCAGAUCCAGACCCUCAGCCGCACCCUAUCUGCCAAAGCCGCUGCUGGAUUUUCUGCUGGUUUCGGUAGCGGCGGCGGGGGCGUCCUCCAGGACCACCGGACUGGCGGGGUGGGCCCUUUCAGGCAGAGGGCCCCCAACGGUGGCUUCUUCCGCAGUCCCAUCAAAACAAUGUCCUCCAUCCCUUACCAGUCGACAGGUCCAGGACCCAACUUUGGAUAUGGCAAUGAUCCAGACAGGGGCACCUCUAUAUGAGGGGCCGCUUCGGAUGUGGUUGGUUCAGGAGGAAGAAAAGGAGGAGGAAGAGGAGGAGCAGAAGGAGGCAAGGUGGCUAGGGUCGGUCAUUGGAUGGUAGAACAAAUACAUGAUGGCUAAGCUCAAAGUCAGAGGAAAGAGAUGUGUACAUAGGAAUCUUUAUGUUUUCAUUUUCUGCUUGGGUGUUUUCAGGGGUGUCCAUUUUGUAUGUAGGGAAGACAGAGGAGGUGGAGGUCUUUUGGGGCGUUCCUUAUCCUCAUGCAAGCCGUGCUGGUGAGGUGCAAACAGGGAAGGGGGUGGUUUGAAUCUUUGCUUUAUUGUUGUUGUUCUUGUGAUUGUUUGGGGGAUUUUUUUUGGGUAACUGUGUGAAAGGGGAUUUUUUGUUAUUGCUUCUGUUUUACGAGAUGAGCUCCGCCUCAUGUGUCGGAGAUCUGCUGAAAUUACCUGACUAUUAUUAUCUCAACCCCAAAUCGGAGGGUUUUCUUUCUGCUAGCCUGACCACAAGAGUAACACGUCUGUGUUCCUGUGAGCUCCCAGGCUGCCAUUGGGUGACUGGUAGUGUCGUCAGCCAUUAAACAACUCCAAGGGGCUCACACUACCAAGCAAUUAUUGAAUUGUUGUUUUGCUUUUUUUAUGAAGGCGUAUAUAGCAGUAGUUUUGUCCAUAGCCCCAGGAUUACAGACAACAGCCCCUUGUAGUUUUGAAAAGGCCCCGUCUCAGUGAAUAUAUCAGAAGAUUCCACAUCUCCACUUCUACUCUGCCUUUUCACUAAAUACUGAUGUUUCUCUUCUCUGGUGUUGUUUCACCAGCAUCCGGGGAUAUAACUGUGUUAUGGGGUCCACACGGUGGCCUGACUGAACCUAAGACUGAACACACGCUGACCCCAUCACGGUGUAUCGGUCUGAGAACUGAGGACUACAAAACUGCUGAAAGGCCAUGACAGUGCAACAAGAUGACACUGAAUCACCAGUGUGGUGCAUCGAUCUUAAACUAUUUCUGCCAUUUUGGUGCAUCACCUUGAAACGGUUUUCACCACUUUGAGGCACAUUAAAGACCCGUUGUCAACCCCACUGCACUGUACCAGUGCCCACAGACCUGUAAGUGAUUGUAUGUAGAUCUGACCUUUUCUUUUCUCACCUGUAAUGUGCUAUCUGCUUUUCAAGUCAAUAUGAGAUCCUCUACUCAGACUCUCAGAGGGAUAGUAAAAGGGAUGACACACACAAAAAAGAAGAAGAAAAAACACAAAAGACAAGCCGAAAGACUUCAAAAAGCUUAUGCUUAUUAUAUGUCUUUUAUUGAAUUUUGUUUCUUAAAAAAAAAAAAGAUUUAAAUGCGUGGAAUGUGUUUUGGUCAGGAAGUACAACAAAAAAAACAUUGUUCUGAGCUGUCUACUUGUUUCUUUCUCUCAGCCAACUUAGAAAAACUGCUAAAUGAGUGCUGUAGUCUCUGGUUCUGCAUCAUUAAGUCAUUCAAACUUUUACAUUUGAUUUAUUUUUGAUUUGUUUCGCUUCAUUAUAGCACUGCCAUAGCUCUGGUGUUUAAAAGAUAAAAGCUCAUGUCAAGGUCCCGUCAUGUUCGAGUUCAUUCAUCACUUCUUAUCAGGUUCAAGUGGUUGAAAUGAUUGAUUUGGUGUUGAGGAGAAGCCAUUGCUACAGCAUCUUCAGUACAGGCCUUAAUGUCAACCAUAGCUGCACCCGCCCAACUUCCAGUCAAACCCUAAACUCCACCGGGGACUGGGAACCUUCUAGAGCAGCAAAUCAGUGGUUGUGCUUUCGGGUCAGGGGAAUGUCACGAAGAGUCAACGACCAUUGGAACCCAAUGGCGGCCUUUUAAUGAGACCAGUCCGAAAUAUACUUCUAUUUCAUAUCUGUAAUGUUAAGGGUACUGUUUAUAUAAUUUUUUUUUUUAAAGUGCCAAUUAAUUCAAAUGAGGCCAUUGAGGUGCAUAUUGGGGUGGGGAAACGGACAUUAAGAGCAUUAAAGGAACAUGUUGUGGAUUCUGGGCCGGGGGGCGGUAAAAAGGAACCAAAUCUUUUUCACUAACACUGUAUUCAUAAUUGAUAAUGUUAGUUGUUUAGAACCAGUUUUCAGUUUGUUAUCUUUAAGAACUAAAACCUAAAAUGUUGUACAUAGAGAGCUCAGUCAAGCCACAGUGUUUUGAAGCAUCCUUAGGCAUUCUUUUCUUAUAUUAGGCUAUACGGUAUGGCAAUUGAAUGACAAAUAGGACACAUAAUUUAAAAGGUUUUAUUUAGAAUAAAUGAAAGAGAAAUUAUAAAAAUGUAUAUUUUACAUGUUGAUGCUAUUUUUGUUUAACAAAAAGAGAAGAGUAUAUCAUGGUGAGCUUUAGCGUUGAGCAGUCACAUCUCUGCGUUUGGUUUUCCCUCGUUCUGCCCGUGGUCAACAUAAACACAUAAACACAAACUCUUUGCUUUUCUCAUGUCAUCCUGAGUUCAUUUUAUUAUUUGCUGGCUAAAUAACAAAAAAGAAAGCAUGCACAAACUUGCUCUUGCGCUAUCUGUCAACAUUUUUAAUUUCAUACAUAGAACUACAGGAUUUACUUGAUAAUUUUCAAAUCUUUAUGAUGUACAGUAUUUAAUAUAGGCCUAUUUUGUUGUAUGUGUUGCAUAUUAUUCAAAAACUGAACAAACUGGGGCCUCUGUUACAAGUGGCAAAGCUUUCUGUGUAUAAUUUGUCUAAUAAACAGGUUUUCUACA